CCUAAAGACUUCACAAAGCCCAUCCAUGAGGUGCUGAUGGAAAUGACGGGCCUCGGCGUGGACUACUCCUUUGAAGUGAUCGGCCUCACUGAGACCAUGACUGCGGCCUUGGCCUCCUGCCACUUCAACUAUGGAGUCAGCAUAAUUGUGGGGGUGCCCCCUGCAGCCAAAAAAAUCACUUUUGACCCCAUGCUCCUCUUCAGUGGUCGCACCUGGAAGGGGUCUGUCUUUGGAGGCUGGAAAAGUAAAGAUGCAGUCCCUAAACUGGUUGCUGACUACUUGGAGAAAAAGUUUGUUCUGGAUCCAUUAAUAACCCACACGCUGCCUUUCAAUAAAAUCAAUGAGGGAUUUGAUCUGCUGCGGAAAGGGAAGAGUAUUCGCAGCGUGCUGGUGUUUUAGGAUUCCCAAACACUAAGCGGCAGAUGGCUCAAGGGCAGCACAACC